UCAUACAAAUAUAAACAUUAACAGUAAGGAUCAUACAAAUAUAAACAUUAACAGUAAGGAUCAUACAUGCAUAUAUAACAGUAAGGAAAAUAGGCAAUAAAUAUGCAGAAAAUGCAAAUGGCUUAAAUUAUUUAGAAACUGGUCAUAAGAACAUUUUGAUGUACUGAAUACAAUCCUGGCGGUGGUGGCAGGUUUAUUUGUUAUCCCUAAAGUGUUCAGGGCCCUACAGAUCAGUGUAUGAGUCAUCCAACCUCCACUCUGUAUGAAUCCAGCGCCGUCUAGUGGCUGCAGAGGCUCCUGCACUCAUUACAGGGAGACCUGAGUCCACAGGCAGAAUGAAGCGAAAUCAAAUGCUUUUAUUUUUACGACUUUCAGGACCAACCGUGCGCUCAGUCACAGCCAAUUAAAACUCAUCUAAGUGUCUCACAGUGAUAUUAAAAAACACCCAUCCACUGUCAUGUUUUAUCUAUCACAUGUGGACUGAAGAAACAGAGUUUCAGGCCUCUCUCUCUCUCUCUCUCUCUCUCUCUCUCUCUCUCUCUCUCUCUCUCUCUCUCUCUCUCUCUCUCUCUCUCUCUCUCUGGAUCUUUGAAACCCAGAGUGGACGGGCGGUAAUCCCCAGCAUGUGAGUGGGCGGUGCGGGUACCGGAGGCGUGUUUUUUUUUCUUUCUUUUUCUUUUUUUCCCCCAUUAUUCAAAUGCUGGUGUACCUAUAAAAAGGGUGCCUGCGUGCGUCACAUAGUUUUCUCCAAUGGGUAAAGGUAACUAAAUACUUGUUGUGUCUUUCGCCGGCCCAGUCGCAUCCUAUCGGCAGGGGACGAGAUGAUGCACGACUCCGGCGGUGUCCAAAUGGCGAGGGUGCUGAAGCAUGCAACCCUGUGCCUGAUGUUGCUGCCCCGGUUCCUCCUGGCCGCCGUCAUGCUGUGGCUCCUGGAUUUCUUGUGUAUUAGGAAAAAAGUGCUGCUGAAAAUGGGAGAGAUUCAGGACAGCCUGGACGACCCACCGGUGUGCGUCUCUGACUCUAAUAGGAUGUUCACCUUGGAGUCCCUCAGAGCAGUGUGGUACGGACAGAAAUUGGACUUUCUCAAAUCUGCGCACCUCGGGCGCGCGGCGCCCAACACCGAGGUGAUGCUGGUCCAGGAGCAGCGGCAGGUCCGGAUCCUGGACUGCAUGAAAGGGAAGAGACCGCUUAUCCUUAACUUUGGCAGCUGCUCCUGACCGCCAUUCAUGACUCGCCUGUCGGCGUUUCAUCGCGUCGUGAGCCAGUACGCAGACAUUGCGGACUUUUUAGUUGUAUAUAUCGAGGAGGCGCAUCCGUCGGACGGCUGGGUGAGCUCUGACGCGCCAUAUCAGAUCCCCAAGCACCGCUGCUUGGAGGACAGACUCAGAGCCGCUCAGCUGAUGCUUGCAGAGGUGCCGGGGAGCAACGUGGUAGUGGAUAAUAUGGACAACUCGUCCAACGCCGCGUACGGAGCCUACUUUGAGAGACUUUACAUCGUGAGGGAUGAGAGGGUGGUGUACCAGGGGGGCAGAGGGCCAGAGGGAUACCGGAUUUCAGAGCUUAGAAACUGGCUGGAGCAAUACAGGAACGAGCUGAUGAAUUCCCAAACAGCGGUGCUCCAUGUGUAGUUAAAGAUGCUGAACUGCCUGCUGCUCUGCCCAUUCUGCUUAAGUGUCGAACUCACAGUGCAAAAUAUUCAGAUGCUGCUAUCAAAUGUUCACACAUAGCACGUUAUGUUGUUUUCUUCUCGCAUAAAGAUAUUCAGGACUCUUUGACAAAUAGCCUAAAGUCAUGUUCAAGCCUAAAUGUAGGCUGUAGGCUGUUAUAUUGUGCUUGUCUUGACCUUAAUUGAUUGCUCAUAGCGAUUGUCUUUAUUUUUUUUAUGGAAAAGUCUUGAAUCAGUUCAAAUCGGAUUCAAUUAGUGAUCACUCUAUUUUUCUACAAGACUGGUGUGUGUGUGUGUGUGUGUGUGUGUGUGUGUGUGUGUGUGUGUGUGUGUGUGUGUGUGUGUGUGUGUGCGUGCGUGCGUGCGUGUAUGUGUGCGUUCAGGCUAAUGCCUCACUCUGGUGUUUCUGUGAAGUUCGGUUUUUAAAAGGCGAAGCCAGAAAACUGAGACUGAUGUUUCUGACACCGGGAGCGGGAUCGCGUUAGCAGGAUGCCUUCCUCGAUGAUGAUGUAAUGUUGAAACGAUGUAACUGAACAAAUGUUUUUUUUAAUAAAUAUCAGAUCACACGUGGAUGAUUUACUGUU